AUGUCAAAUAAUAUUUCAUUGACUUCAUUAUCAUUAACACAUGUAGAAUUCGAUUCAACUGACCCAAUUGCAUACAUAUUUGCGUAUAUAACUUUAUCACCUUUAGCAAUCAUGGUGGCAUAUGUAACCGUAAUAGUUUCCAGAAGAGAAGUUGCUGGUAUUAACAUUUUCAUAGGACAAUCAAUUUGUGAACUAUUUAAUGCCAUUUUGAAAAGAUGGCUGAGAGAAAAGAGACCAACAGAUAAACUUGGUACUGGAUAUGGUAUGCCAUCAUCUCAUGCACAAUUUAUUGCCUUUUUUGCAAUUUUUGCAAUUUUAUAUUUAUAUAACAGGAAUAACAAAUGGAAAUUUCCAAUUGCAUGUUUUUUAAUAAUUUUUUCAAUAUUAGUUUCUUAUUCAAGGAUUUAUUUAAAUUAUCAUACAACAAAACAAGUAUUAUUUGGUAAUUUAUUUGGAUCAAUAUUUGCAUUAGUAUGGUACAUAAUUAUAGAAUUAUUAAUUAGACCUUUAGGGUUCUAUAAAUAUUUAAUUAAUACAGAUUUGGCAAGAUCUUUUUAUUUAAGAGAUUCAGCUUUGGUUCCUGAUGUUUUGAGAUUUGAAUAUAUUUUUUGGGUGAAAUUCAAAGAUUAUAAAGAAAUAUAG